AUGGCGUUUGCACAGCCGCGUCGCUCACUUCCAGUAGUCGCUCGGUCAUCGGCACGAAUUUCAAGCUUGGAAAGUCACAAAACACUUGAUGAUACACUGCGAAAACAGCGUAAACUCAAACAAUUGGAUGGUUUGGAGCAAGAUAAUGCACACGACGACCCACACGCAAAUAUAAUAUGGAACAAAGCGGCGCCAAAAUUCGAAGACGAGCCAAUUUCGAAAAAAUCGCGAAAAGAUGACAAAAUCGGCGGCGGCGAGAAGUCGCGAAGGCGUCGCUUCAAUCGACCCGAGUUCAAUAAGCAACGAUUCAAGAAAUCAUUCGCCGUGCACGUCGCCGAGCACAGUAAAGUCAUCGCGGAAUCCGCCGAUCCCGAUUUUCGAAGAGUCGGAGCCUUCGAUCGUGCUCUAGCACCACCGUCAAACAAGCCGCAACGUCGUUUUUGCGCUGUGUGCGGACACUUCUCAAAAUAUUGCUGCACAAAAUGUGGCGCUCGUUACUGUAGUCUUCAUUGUCGCGAUAUUCACAACGAUACGAGGUGUAUGAAAUGGAUGGCUUGA